ACCUGCCUAUUUCCUUGCGACUUUCAACUUUAUUUCUUUGUAUUUUCCGACGGGAAAGUUCUCGAUCGCUGUUGCAUUUGAUUUUUAGGGAGAAGAUUCAAAACCCUAGACGAUCACAUUCUCUUCUCUGAUCAAUACGAUGCAGCAUUUAUUGUUCGCGGUUGUACUUUCCGAGGUCGCGGUGAUAAUGGCGCUUUCCUUUAAGACGCCGAUUCGGAAGCUGUUGAUCAUGAGCCUGGAUCGUGCGAAGCGUGGCCGUGGACCGGUGGUGAUUCAGACGAUUUCGGCGACGGUUUGUGUGGUUCUGGUGGCGAGCGUGUACAGUAUGAUGAAGAUCCAGAAGCGAGGGAUAGAGGACGGUGCAAUGAACCCGACAGAUGAGGUUAUCAUGGCCAAGCAUCUCCUUGAAUCGACUCUCAUGGGUGGUUUUCUAUUCCUUGGGCUAAUGAUAGACAGGCUGCACCAUUACAUGAGAGAGCUACGGAUAAGAAGGAAGAUGAUGGAAGUGAUAAAGAAGGAAGGAGCGGUUUUGGAAGGUGUAAAAGCCAGAGCUUCAGAUGAAGUUAAAAACUUGAAAGAAGAAGUAGUGUCGCUUCAGGAAAGGCAGAAGCAGCUGGUCUCUGAGAUCGAGGCAAGGUCUAAAGAAAUCCGUACUGAAAAAACGAGUGCAGUUGCUCUAGAAAAGCAAUCUGAAGGCUUCCUUAUCGAGUUUAACCGGUUGCUUGAAGAAAACCAGGAUCUUCGAGACCAAUUGCACACUGUGGAUUCCAGAAUUUCUCGAUCCAGCAUCAAGAAGAAUACUUGAUUAGCCUCUCUUCUCCAACAUAUUUUUUUUUUAACUUCCUUUGUGAUUUGCCGUUUGGGUUUGGAGUUUGUUCAUAGCGCAUCUUGUUAACAUGGGAGAUGAUGGGAAAAAAAAAUCAGAGGAUACAGUACAAAAAAGGAAGAUAGAUUUGUUUCUUGUUCUGGCUUAUGAGUAUGAGCUUUGCGAAAGUAGAGAUGAUUGUAACUAUGAUUCAGUUUUUUUUUUUCAUCUGA